GUUCUGUAAACGGUAAUAUUUCUAUGAAAUGAAAAAAAAAAUGUCUGGUUUCUGGAUUUUGAUCUUCAGCACCAUGUAUGUGGUAGACACUGGUAGACACUGGGUUUCAGCACGGUCUCCCACACAGCCACCAGUUUAUCAGCCUGAUAAAGAGCUCACUGUGGAUAUCGGAGACACGGCUACUCUGCGCUGCUGCGUUUCUGAAAAUUUAUCUGGAAUAAUAGACUGGUUUAAGCAACCAAACAGAAAAAAGCCUCAAAUUAUAGUCACAGUAUAUAAAAAUGGUGGAGAAACAUUUUACAAUGGAUUCCUAAAGUCUAGAGUCCAAAUAAAAAGAUCUUUAAACUGCUGCAAUCUGACCAUUUUGCAGAUUAUUCAGAAUGAUGAAGGCAUGUACUACUGUGCACAGAUGAGACCUAAUCUUGGGUUUGGAGAUGGAACCUUUUUAAAAAUUAAAGGUGAUCAUGUUACUCUUGCAUUGGAAACAUCUAAACCAGCUCUGUAUGAAAAUUCUGUGGUGUUAGAAUCAACACCACAUGAAAACAUCAUCAUCACCACGCACGAGGAAACAAUGAUCGGUUCGGGAUCGGCUUUCGGUUUGUGUGCAAUGAUCAUUUUUUGUGUCACUUUUUUCAUCCUGAGGAGAAGAAAAUUUAAUGCUUCUACAGAAAAUUCUCCAGGAGCAAGACAGGUACGUGAAGCUGAAGAUGAAAUGCUCAAUUAUGCAGCUUUAAAAUUCUCUAAAAGAAAAGUCAAAGCUGAAAAAAGGAAAACCGGCUUAGAUGAGUGUGUGUACUCUGAUGUGAAGAGAAGGUAA